AUGUCGUCAGCUGCGCCAGGUUCGUUGGAGGAAAUGCUGGAGAAUCUGGAGCGAAGAAACCCUCAAAAGCCGAAAGACGCGCCCCCGACUCUCCCGGCACGGCCGACCUCCCGCACGCGCCUUCCGUCCAGCAGGCGCGCGGCGCUGCCGGAUAUCGUCGAAGCCGUGAUGGAGCUGAGCUCGUUGAACCAUAGUGGGAGCUCGAAAGGAUCUAGGUGGAAGAGCGCCGGGGCGAAAACGGUUAGACAAGUGAAACUAGGGGAAUUACCGUGCGUCGCGGCUGCUUCGGACGAGUCCAAGUCGGAAGAGAAGCUUGCUAGCCCUCCCCCGGAUUCCGAGCUGCGCCACGAAAAGGAGGAGCCGAGCUUUACAGAGUCCGAGCUGCAACAGGACACGGAAUGUUUUAUCGAAGAGAUUGGUGCGGUUGAGAUUGAGAAAUGCUUCCGCGGUCAUCUUGCAUGUCGGGAUUUUCACAAACUGAAGGACGAAAGUGUCAUAUUGCAGUCUUAUGUUCGCGGUGAAAUCGCGAGAAGAGAGUAUGUUGCAUUGUUGAAGAAGAAGGUUGAAAGCCAAAGGCUGGAUGAGGCAGUUGUGCAACUACAAUCUAUAAUUCGUGCAUGGGUGAUACGGAGAGAAUAUAUCGACUGUCGAGAACAGGAAGAAUCGAAUACUAGUGAAGCACCAGAGAUGAUUAUUUCUCAAAUGCAGGAGGUUCGAACAGAACCGUCACUUUCUGCGAACGAACUGCAAAAGCGCCUAGUGACAGCAGAAACGAAUCUUGCAAAAAAGGAAAGAGAAAUUGUUGCCUUGAGAGAGCAACUACACCAGUAUGAGGCGAAAUUGUUGGGAUACGAAUCCAAGAUGAAAUCGGCGGAUGAGAUGUGGCGCAACCAGGUGGCAUCGUUACAAAUGGAUUUGGUUGCCGCAAGAAAAAGUACCAGUUCUGAGAAAAGUAACACUGAAAAAUCAUCAGACACUGAAUCGCCUCGGUUUUAUGAUUGCGAGGAUGCCUCUUCUGUAAUUUCUAGUUCGAGUUCCCUCGCCAAAUUUCCCAGCAAGAAUACUACAGCUUCUACAUGUGGGGACAUGGGUGGCUUAGAGUUAGCCGUUCCUGAGCAGAAAAGGCAUAAGUAUGGUGACGAAGCCCGGGCAGUGAUUAAGUUAAAGUCAUUGAAUAUACCUUGGUUAAGUCCCAGAGAUGAACUGCAUAAUCUAAAAAAUAGAUUAUCUGCAUGGAAAACGGGUUUCAAGGGCCGGUCAAAGGAUGCGAAUGCAAAAUCACAGAAGCCGGGGGAGGCUGAUGGUAACAAAGCACGUCGAAAAUGGUACUACAAAUUAGGAUGUUGA